ACAAUGCUACUGGGUCUCCUCCUCAUCUGCGUGGGCUGGCACACCACGCCGGGGGGCGCAGAGGUGGUGACCUCUUUCGAAGAAACUUGCCCCCGUUUUUUCUUCAGGGAAACCCCUCCAAGAAUCGGACUCACACCCGCACACCUGGUUCGAAUCUGCCAGCGUUACAGAAAUCAGUACCGUUACGCCACGAUGUACGACAGGCCAAAUUACAUCCCCCUCUACUCGGCCUACAUCUACAACCCCGGGAAGGCAAAGAGGCCCCAAAACUGGAUGGUGGAACCCCAGCUUGUUCGUUCAUCGUUGCCACCUGAAAUGACUUUGGAAGAGGACCUCCUGAAAAAACAAGUCACACUGGCAGAGCUUGAGAAAAGUCAGGCCGUCCUGAAAGAUUACAAGAACCUGAUUGAUUACAACCGGGGCCACCUCAACCCCAACAGCCACCAGCCCAACUCGGAUGCCAAAAAGUCCACCUUCACCUUGACCAACACCGUGCCUCAAUAUGAAAAGCUCAACGGUGGCUCCUGGGCGAAUUAUGAGGACAAGACGAUGAAGGUCAAGACCCAAGGGUGCAAGGACACCUUUGCCGUCGUGGGCGCGGUGCCAGGGAACAAAUACAUAGCUGGGAAGAGGGUGAACCAGCCCAGCCACGUCUGGUCUGCAGCCUGCUGUUACAUAGACAACAACCGCAUAAGGUCCUGGGCCGUCAUCGCCAGAAACGAUAAGGACGCGGUGGAAGAGCUCACUCUGGGGCAGCUGGAGGGGAAACUGGCUGAGCUGUAUCAGCAGAACAGCAUCUCCCUGUUCCACAGCGACUGUCCCCGGCAGUAAGACGUUGGCUGCACCCAUCAAGUGGUCAUGGGCUCCAUAUAGGGUCAAAAAAUUUAGCAUGAGAAAAGUAUAUGAUUAUGGAGAAUGGUAUGAAAUUUAGUUAAUAGUUAAAUACAUUUUAUAGAAGGUUUUUGUAGCAGAAAAACGGGUCUUGUUAAUCAAUGGAGAUGCAAAUGUUAUAGGUCUUGGUGAUUGUGUAACUUUAAGGGAGAUCUAAAGUUAGACUUAUAGAAAUAAGAUAGUUAAAAAAUAUAGGUUUGCAAAAUAUGAGGUGAUCACAUGGUGGGGAAAACAGCACUUAGAUAUACAUAAGAAGAUAAGAGACGCCAAUGUUGGAUCAGGCCAAAGGCCCAUCCAGUCCAACACUCUGUG